AUGUCUGACUUUUGUUGCGCCACUUGCAACCAGGUCUUUCGAUCACCUGGUGGUCUCACCCGCCAUAAGAAUAUCAAACACCCUGCCAUUUCCUUUGGACCACAGAACACUGGGGAAAGUCAACAUCAGUUCAAAACACACCCACACUUUCGUGCUGAUCCAUACAAUGCACAUGGCAUUCCUGUACCUGAAAAUAAGCCCCCCAAGUCAAUUACCGAACCUCCUAUCCAUCUUGCAGAAGCCUGGAGCCCAUUCAAAAACCGUUCUACUUACGAUUGGUCACAUUUCUUUUAUGUUGAACUCAAAGCCUCGAAGGGGAAAAUCAACAAGUCUUUGGAUAUUCUAACAGCACAGCUUCUUGAAGUUGGGGGUAGUAAUGCUCCAUUCAAGGACGCACAAGCACUCUAUACAGCAAUUGACUCUAUUCGAGAAGGAAAUACUCCAUGGUUGACAUAUCAUAUUAAGUAUACUGGUGAGCUGCCAGAUGAUCCACCCCUUUGGAUGACAGAAGUUUAUGAGUUCUGUAUCCGUGAUACAUUGAACGUUCUUACGGAACAACUUAAAACGGAAGUGUUUAGUGGCCAGUUCAAUUACACUCCUUAUCGGGAGUGGAAUACUCGCAACAAGAGAGUUUAUUCCAAUCUGCUCUCUGGGGAUUGGGUAUGGGAUAUUGCCGAUGAAAUUUCUAAAGACCCAGACCUAUUGCGCAGCACAAAUGGGGCAAUGCUGGUUCCUCUCGUUCUAGGAAGUGACAAAACAACAGUCUCUGUUGGUACGGGACAUCAAGAAUAUCAUCCUGCCUAUAUCUCGCCUGGAAAUCUAACAAAUAUUGCAAGAAGAGCACAUGGCAAUAGUGUUCUUCCUUUUAUGUUCUUUGCUAUUCCCCGAACAAAUCAAAAUGAUAGAAAGUCACAAUUAUUUCAUACUUUCUGUCGACGUCUCUAUCACCACAGUUUGUUCACAGCACUAAAGGUGCUAAAACCAUAUAUGACCACCCCGAUCCUUCUGAAAUGUCCUGAUGGCCACUACCGUCGAGUCAUAUUUCAACUAGGUCCCUAUAUUGCUGACUAUCCUGAGCAAACAUACCUCUCUUGCGUUGUUCAGGGUUGGUGCCCAAGAUGUAUGGCUAGACCAGAUGACCUGGAUGGAGUUGAUGAAAAUGGCAACAGAGCUUUUCCAAGAACACGUGAAUACCAGCAAGCCUUUGUUAAAGGAGAUAAACAUAAGGUUUGGAGGGAAUUCGGGCAAAGAACAGAUGUGACACCUUUUACAGAUCACUUCCCCCGUGCCGAUAUUCAUUUACUUCUCACCCCAUACCUCCUUCAUCAAGUUAUCAAGGGGGUAUUCAAGGAUCACCUUGUUUCUUGGAUUUGCAGCUAUAUUGUCACAGCUUAUGGGAAAAAUGGUCUCUCAAUCUUGAAGGAUAUUGAUAGAAGAAUAUCUGCUGUCCCUGUCUUUCCAGGUAUACGCCGGUUCCCUGAUGGCCGUGAUUUUGCCCAGUGGACAGGCGAUGACUCCAAAGCAUUGAUGAAGGUUUAUAUUGCUGCUGUUGCAGGAUAUAUUCCUCAAGAAAUGGUCAAAGCACUCUCAUCCUUUCUGAACCUAUGUUAUAUUGUGCGCAAAAACGAAAUUACCACACAUGACCUUGACCAGUUCUACCAGAAUCUUACGGAAUUUCAUCAGCGCAGAACUUCUUUUAUAAUUCAUGGAACUCGUGAAUCCAUCUCUCUUCCCCGACAACAUGCUUUAGUUCACUAUGAAGAAUCAAUACGUCAAUUUGGUUCACCAAACGGUCUCUGUUCCUCUAUUACAGAGUCAAAGCACAUCAAGGCAGUGAAGGAGCCCUGGCGUCGGUCAAAUAGAUACAAUGCUCUUCAUCAGAUGUUGACAACUAUACUUCGACUGGAUAAAAUGGAUGCUUUGCGGAGGAAGUUUAUUAAACGAGGAAUGCUCACAGGUACCACCACUUCAUUCACGGAGGAUCUGCUCAAUGUACCAGACUCAGAGGGUUCUGAGGAUUCCUAUUCAGACGUUGUAGAGUCUGAGGGAGAUACUGACAACGAUGUAGUCCCAUGUGAUGAUGAGAGCAGUGGUGUUUCAGUCCAGUUGGCUCAGACAGCAGCUCGUGGAUACCCUCGAACAAUUGAAGCUCUUGCUCACCAUAUUAAUCAACCUGAAUUUCCUCGAGUUCUUCGACAGUUCCUUUAUGACCAGCUCAAUCCACACUCUGAUAUUUUUGGGGAUAGCCUAGAUGUUGAACAAUGUCCCAUAUUCAGCCAGAAGAUCACUGUGUUUCACUCUGCCGUCAUUACUUGCUAUGCACCAAGUGAUGAAUGUGGGAGCAAUGGAAUGUACAGAGAACGCAUCCGCUCAAACCCACACUGGCACGGCAGACACCCUCGCAGAGAUACAGUGUUUGUACAGGUGGACAGCUCACUCCCAGGUAUUCUGGGCCUUGCUGUUGCUCGUGUGCUCCUCUUCUUCUCUUUCACCCAUAAUAACAAGUAUUAUCCAUGUGCAUUGGUCAACUGGUACCUUCGGCCUGAUGACGAGCCUGAUGAAGACACUGGGAUGUGGGUUGUUGAACAGGAAGUACAAAGAGAUGGCAGACCCACCUUGGCCGUUAUUCAUCUAGAAUCAAUUGCCCACUCUGCGCACCUUCUCCCUCGUUUUGGUAUGGAUACUCUUCCAGAAAUUUUUCAUCAUUCAGAGUCUCUUGAUGCAUUUGAGUCAUAUUAUGUUAACAAAUUUGCAAACCAUCGAAUGUUUAGUUUUUUAUCUAGCAACUGA